CACACACACACACACACACAGUUAUAGUGCUCGUGAAAAACCGAGACACUAUCAAAGGUUUCUGUCACUCCCUGAGUUAUUCAUCCACCAACACGAUGACUGGAAGAGCUGUUUUCCUGGGACUCCUGCUCAUUUGUUUGGCUGCAGAUGCAGAGAGGCCAGGACUCAUGAGAAAGCCCUCUUGUCCUAACAUGGGGGACGAGAUCGUGGCCUGCCCUCUGAACCUUGCUCCCGUUUGUGGCAGCGACGGAAACACUUAUGCCAACGAGUGUACCCUGUGUGUGGAGAGACAAACAACCAAGAUGGACAUUUUGAUCGUCAAGGAUGUGCACUGCUGACCUGCAGGUGGCCAGUUCAUCGUCAAAGUGACCGAUCAGGAUCCGAUCAUGAGUCCAUUGUGGAUCUUUGAAGUAGCAACUGGACCCCGGCUGUCAUAAAUGUUUUUGGUGCAAUUACCACAAGCAAUAAAAAGUGAUUCAGCAAUAAA